GAUGAAUGCACAUUCUCGUGCUGCGUGCUGCGUGCUGCGUGCUGCGAGGUCCAAUCCAGAUUCCGCCCACACACGUUUAAGGUGCUGCUGCUGCUGCUGCAUCCAAGGAUCGUCGACCCGCCCGAUGCCGAUCCAGUCUCAUGCAGCCACACAUUGCGACAAACUGACCAUGUCCGGUCCCAGACGGGAUGCUCCUGUCAAGUACCCGUAGUCACCUUUACUCUUGGCUACCUGACAAUACGACUCCACCUUCCACCACUACUACCACCACCACCACACCUCCUCCUCCUCCUCCUACUCCUACUCCUACUCCUCCAAUCCGGUGCACACAGGAGUCGGACCUCUGAAUCUGCCCGGACUGUCCUGUCCCUCCUCCGGUCCACCUCCCUUCAGUCUUCAAAUAAGAGACACACUUCGCUCGUUUGGACUUCAAUGCGAACUGGCUGACCCGACUACUUCACCACCUCCACAAGGGGCUCUUGAAAUCUAUUGGCAGUAGAUCACACCUGAAACCAUACAACAUCUCGGCUGGUUUUCCCUCUUUCACGUCCCGGUAUCAUAUCCUAAUAGGUGCACCCGCCAAUUGGUUCAUUAAUUCUAUACCAAAGUCAACUCCCUCGCCUUGGGAGACAAAUCUGUGGACUAGUGAGGGCCAUCUCGGACGCACGCGACGGUUGAUCGCGCCAAUAUCACCAUUGUAUAAUCCGCCCACGGUUCCCAUACACUCAACUCUCAAAAAUGGGCCUGUUGGAGGAUGCAUGGGAGCUUACGUCUCCCAGGGCACUCAUCGCUGCCGCCCUCGGCUCCUAUAUCAUCUACGCCUGUUUAAACCGGCUAUACGAGAACUACCGUAUAAGUCAAAUUGGCCCAAGGGCUCUGGCCGUCUCUCACAGGCUGCCUUGGGGCCUGGACUUUGUCUACUCGGCCGUCCAGGCCACCAUACACCACAAGAACCUUGAGAACUGGCAGGGGGCCUUCAAGAGGACCGGCGCCGACAGCGAUGGCAACGGUGCAUUCACCCUCGAAGUGCGUGCCUUUGACAGGCGAAUCGUCUUCACCGCGGACCCCGAGAACAUAAAGGCAAUCCUGGCCACGCAGUUCGGCGAGUUCGGCAAGGGCGAGCCCUUCCACGUGGAAUGGAACGAGUUUCUCGGCGACAGCAUCUUUGUGACCGACGGCCAGAUGUGGCACACGAGCAGGCAGCUGUUGAGGCCCCAGUUUAUCAAGGACAGGGUCAGUGAUCUUCACUGCUUCGAGUCGCAUCUCGAUACCUUCUUGAAGGCCAUGGCGAACGGAGGCCCACUCAACGGGGAGAACCAGCAGGUCGACAUGGCCGCUGUCAACGGCCGGGUCAUGGAUAUCAGUGACCUCUUCUUCAGGUACACGCUGGACGUGGCAACAGACUUCCUCCUGGGCAAGGAUGUCAAGUCCCUCAGCAAUCCGCGGCAGGAGUUCGCCGACGCCUUCAACGAGGUGCAGCGCAUCCAGAACAUCAUCACGCGGGCUGGCCCCGGCCUCAGCGCUUUCAUACCCAAGAAGCACUUCCGGAAGUGCCUGGCCACGAUGAACGAGUUCGUCAUGGAGUACGUCCACAGGGCCCUCCUCCUGACCCCCGAGGAGCUGGCGUCCAAGACCAAGUCCGACAUGUCCUACACCUUCCUCCACGAGCUGGCCUCGUACACGCGGGACCCCAAGGUCCUCCGCGACCAGCUGGUGGCCGUCCUCCUCGCCGGCCGCGACACGACCGCCUCCAGCCUGUCAUGGACCAUCUACGAGCUGGGCCGGCACCCGGAGGUGGUGGCCCGGCUGCGCGCCGAGAUCCUCGCCACGGUCGGCGAGCACAGGACCCCGACCUACGCCGACCUCAAGGGCAUGAAGUACCUGCAGAACGUCAUGAACGAGACCCUGCGCCUGUACCCCGUCGUGCCCUUCAACGUGCGCGCCGCCCUCAAGGAUACCCUGCUGCCCCGCGGCGGCGGGCCCGACGGCACCCAGCCGCUCGCCGUGCUCAAGGACACGCCCGUGGGCUACUCCACCCUGAUCAUGCAGCGCCGCGAGGACCUCUACCCGCCCGUCUCUGAGAACUUCAAGCCCGUCCUGGAGUUCUCGCCCGAGAGGUGGUAUCACUGGCAACCCAAGCCGUGGCAGUACAUUCCUUUCAACGGCGGCCCGAGGAUCUGCAUAGGACAGCAGUUUGCGCUCACCGAGAUGGGCUACGUAUUAACGAGGCUGUUCCAGCGGUUCGAGAGGGUCGAGAGCUACAUGGACCAGGUGGACGGCGGCGACCCAACUCUCAAGGCUGAGAUAGUUUUGCAGCCAGGCGACGGCGUCAAAGUUGCAUUCUUCCUCCCCGGCGCCUCCAAGGUCUGAGAUAUUGACUGGCACGGUGGCAAGGGCUUUGAGUAUCAACGAAUCGUAGCGUUCCUAUCCGGUUUCUGCCAGAUCUUGUGUCCACAUGAUUUCAGUACAAAUGGUCAUGCAUUUGGUAUGUAGUUACUGCUAGCAUGGGAAGCUUGUAUGCCCGUAAUUAUUCCCGGCAAGGGCUGGUUGACGUUCACAAUACUUUGUACAUGAAUACAAGUUGAGAGUGGCUCGAACGGGGAGCCGUAUAGCUUGUUCAGUGAGGACAUUCGAGCCCCAGGUAGCCAUGUAUUUGAAGAAUGCAAAUGAACCAUUCUCUGUGGAUUCGUCCUUGUCUCCGCUGAUUCCCUCUCUCAAGCCAUUUCUCCCAAAAAGCGCAGUGAGGUUACGUAUCUAGUCA